AUGAAAAAUCAAACCAUGAUCACAGAAUUUAUUCUUUUGGGACUCUCAAGUGAUCCACAAGUACAGCUUCUUCUUUUCUUGGUAUUCUUAGUAAUAUACGGAACAACAGUCAUUGGAAACACUGUCAUCAUUUUCAUCGUCAAAACUGAAUCGACUCUUCGCACACCCAUGUUCUUCUUUCUCAGUCAUCUUGCCCUCGUUGACAUUUGCUACUCAUCCGUCACAGUCCCAAAGAUGCUGGAAACCCUCGUAGCCAAGAAGAAAUCCAUUUCCCUAGUGGGAUGCAUCACACAGAUUUUAUUCUUUAUCCAUUUUGUUUGUACUGAUAUUUUUCUGCUUUCAGCCAUGGCAUAUGACAGAUAUGUUGCUAUAUGUGAUCCACUCCAUUAUUCCAUAGUAAUGACAAAACCAAUGUGCUGGAAACUGGUGGGUGGAGCCUGGAUCACUGGUUUCUUUGAUGCGAUGCUCAACGGGUUGCCUUUAAUAGACCUGAAGUUCUUUAGACACAAUCUAGUCAGCCAUUACACCUGUGAACUUUCUGCACUUUUGAGAUUGUCAUGCAGUGAAACCUCCAUCAAUUAUAAGCUGAUACUUGUCUCUUGUUUUCUCUUUGGUUUCACCUCCUUCUUCCUCACCUUGGUCUCUUACAUUUAUAUUAUUCGAACCAUCCUCAAGAUCCAGUCAACAAAAGGCAGGAGCAAAGCCUUCUCUACCUGCAGCUCUCACCUCAUUGUGGUCUGUGUUUUUUAUCUUUCUGUUUUCACUAGGUAUUUUCAGCCACAUUCGGAGUCCUUCACAAACCUCGAUAAACUGAGUUCUAUUCAGUACGUAAUUUUAAAUCCUCUGCUCAACCCCAUCAUAUAUAGUCUAAACAAUAAAGAGUUGAAAAUUAUUCUGCAGAAAUGGUUUGGAAAACAUGGGUAA